CGUCACUUGAAGUGAAACCUUCUUUCCGUAAACAACGUACGGUCUAUGCUAGUAGCUCAAUGACGACACGCGUAUCGAUCGGAAUUCAAACUUGUACCUCGAUCGGAAGGCAUAGUGCGGCAAACACCGGUCUCCCCUUUGUGAUCGGAUUUUUUCAAAGAAAUAUUGGUCCAGCUUGCAUCGAUCUGGAGGACGCAAAUUGGUCGUCCUUUUUUCCCCCACGAACGAAUAUUUGCGCGGGAGAAUGAUCGUGGCUCUUGUCUCGAAGUUGUGUCUCAUUCGGACGAUCGAACUCGAAUCGAAUGAACGUCCGUUCGUGCUCGAUGGUUAUCGAUCUGGCAAACGAACGAUCCUUGAACGAUUUCAAAAUUGCUGGGGCUCGAGAAAAAUCUGUACAUCGAAUGCGGUUAGCAGUGUAUCGAGAGUUUUGCGAUUGGUCGAAAUCGCAGACUCGUUCCUUGGUGUAGUAGGGAUCACCCAAUGAUGCCCAGUCUGGUGCGCCGUCGCUACUAUGGUCAGAGCCUAUGAGGAUGUAGCUGUAGCGUACGGAGAAUGAAGGUUCGAACGCUCAAAAGAUAUGCCGAGAAAAUCGUUUGGAAACCAUUGGAAAUUGAACUCGCAGUGUUCCUCGUUCACGGAGAAACAAUUGCUCGGGUCGCGUUCACGAUCCCAGUGAAAAGGAUCGAUUUUCAGAUCGGUUCGACAGUGUCUUUUAUUCCAGUGAGGAAAGUGUGCGUGCGCGUUGUGUUCGUCGCGAGUGAUUCGUGAUGCGCGACGGGGACGAAUUUGUAAAAGUAUUUGAACGCGAAUGUCCGCAUUCGAACUAUUAAAAUCGUUUGCAUUCGCGAGCCGCUCUUUUCGCGUAGAAUGCGAAAAGCAAGUUAUUCGACGUUCUGCGGUUCAUUUGAAAGUGUGAAAGUUAAUAACGUAACUACACUCAACAAUAAUAGUUCGGCGCGUGUUUCAAAUCACGUCAGCGAGUCCCUUAACGCCCAGUUAUGGCUAUUCGCGGAUACCAGCGCGUUUAUUAUUAAAGACUUCGAGUUCGUCUGACUGUUUACCAAAUUUUCCAUUGUUGUUUAUUGCAAAUUCUUGCGAAUUAUGUAACUAGCAACAAUCACAUCAAUUGAUAAGAGACAUUCUACACUUUUAGAAUGGAGGAAGAAAUAGUUGUUGAUGAUGUUGAUGAGAAUAGUAGCACAGAGACAGCACAAUCAGAUGAUCCAACGACACCCAUUAUGCCUUUAUUAUAUAUUCAACAAAGUAAACUACGUUCGGCACCACCGACAACAACAAAUCAGACAUUGGUUUCGUCGAAUGCCACCCAACUUGCUGCCAUUAUUAAUCCAGUCAACAAUCAGAUUGUUGCUGGACAAAACAAAGUGUUUAUACAAGGGCCAGGUCAGGUUACGAGUUCUCAGAAUAAACAACAUAUUGUGAUCCACCGACCAAUUAACACUGUCAGUACAACAGCAACAUCUCAAGGCCAGAAACACAUACUGCUUAGAAAAUCGAAUGCGUCUACUGCUCAGAUUGUGCCGCUAAGUUCAUCUCAGGGGAAUCAGACUACAGCACAAGCCGGCAAGCAUACGUUCGCCUAUCUUGGAACACUUAUCAAGCCGAACAAGUCACGCGAAUCUGUUGUAAUUCCUGCAGGAGCUUUAACAACAACUCAAAUAGCUAAACCAAAAUUAGUGAUUGGACCAGUUAUCUCUCAAUUGGCUCAGACAUCAACUAGCACCACCACAGGGUCCCAGAAUCAGACUCCCAAGCAUAUGGCGAAUUUGUUACUACCAGUCAGUAUUCCUCAGCAGAGUGGACCCACUAAAUCUAGUAUGUUCAAUUUAAAAAUCAACAAUGGCCAAAUUAGCACGGAAAGCAAAGGAACCAUUACAGUUUUACGGGAAUCGAAGGCAACAAAUUCAGCCACACAUCCGCCGCCAUUGCAUCCUAUUGCGAAAAUGAGUUUACUGAGCGCUAAUAAAGGAAACAAUAAUUCUACAGACAGUAUAAAAAUUACUGAGAACCCUGACUCCGCUGUGAUUACACCUAUUCCCAAAAAGGACGAUAGCGUUAUACCCGAGAAAAGAAAGAAAACUAUAAGCAAUAUAUUAAGAGGAUCCAAUGAGAAACGAUUGAAAAAGCAAAACUUAUCGAAAUCGCCGCAAGACAGUAUGGUCGAAGUCACUUAUGCGCUAAGCAGUCCAGAAUCUGAACAAGACAAAGAUAAGAAAGUGCAAAAUGACGAUGAUAUUACUUUGAUCAAGGUGGUGCCUAGCGAGGAGAAAAGUGUUAAACUGAACACCAACGUGGAUGAUGAUAUAAAGAUUGAAAUUAUUAAAACGCGGACGAGUUGCGUCGAGCCGAUAUCAGACAAUAAGCACGAUACUAAACUCAUUAAUCACGAUGAUAUGAAAGAUCACUUAAACACCAGUCACACGAAUGAUUCUAAUUUUGAUGCUGCAAAGGUGCUAGAUUGGAAAGAUGGUGUUGGUACUCUGCCUGGAAGCACGUUGAAGUUCUGUAUGAAUGAAUUUGGUAUCAUGGAAGUAGUAGAUGAGGACGAGAACAAUAAACAAGGGAAAGAUGGAAUCGGUGAUAAGGAAAAUGUUUGUUUAACACAGAAUUCCUCGAAGUCUAGCCCUCUAACCGUUAAUAAUGUGAACUCUGAGAAGAAGUCGGACGAUAGAAAAACCAGAAUUGUUUCUGUGGACACAAUGUAUCAUUGCGAAGGUUGUGGGUGUUACGGUCUAGCCGCAGAGUUUGAAACUCCAAUAUCAUGCAGUCCAUCGUGCUCAGAAAUAAUAGAAGCUACUAAGAAGCAACCACCAAUGCGGAAGGAAAAAGAUUUGAAAGAUUUACGCGCGAAGCGGAAACGUAAAAGAUUACUACAGGAACAACAGCAAUCGAAAGAAAUGGAGGACAAAACUGAUGAGAAGGUUCAAGAUAAAGUAAAGUCUGAAACUGACGAGGACACCAAGGACACUAUUGCUGGAAUUGAUGAUGAGAGUCAAGGAGACUCUGCCGAGGCAAAGUAUCCUUGGCAGACAGGAAAAGUUGGAUUCUCGUGGUCUAAAUAUCUUGAGCAUUGCAAGGCAAAAGCUGCUCCGGUCAAAUUAUUCAAGGAUCCAUUCCCAUAUAGUAAAAAUAAUUUCAAAGUUGGCAUGAGACUGGAAGGAAUUGAUCCGGAACAUCCUUCCCGAUAUUGUGUUCUAACAGUCGUCGAAGUAGUGGGUUAUCGAAUACGUCUGCAUUUCGACGGGUACCCAGAGAAUUACGAUUUCUGGGUGAAUGCGGAUAGCAGCAUGGACAUAUUCCCGGUUGGAUGGUCGGAGAAGAAUGGGCACCGAUUAGACCCGCCAAAGGGAUAUGUUGCCAGUAAUUUCAAUUGGAAUGCGUAUCUAAAAAUUUGCAAAACUACUGCAGCACCGAAGACUAUAUUUCCAAAUAAAAGUUCAGUCUUUCCAACUGGUUUUCGCGUAGGAAUGAAAUUGGAGGCAGUAGAUAGAAAGCAUUCUUCACUAGUUUGCGUAGCUAGUAUAGCAGGCCUAAUGGACUCUCGCAUAUUAGUUCAUUUUGAUUCUUGGGAUGAGGUUUACGACUAUUGGGCAGAUGCCAGUUCCCCUUAUAUUCAUCCGGUGGGAUGGUGUCAUCAUAACGGUCAUAGUCUCACACCGCCCAAUAAUUAUAAAGAUCCAAAAUCAUUUACGUGGGACGCUUAUCUGAGGGAAACUCGAUCCAUGGUUGCACCAGCAAGAGCUUUCAAGCAACGACCGCCUUGUGGAUUUAAGCGUGGAAUGAAGUUAGAGGCAGUUGAUAAAAGGGUUCCCCAAUUAAUAAGGGUGGCAACAGUCGAGGACGUUAAAGAUCACAUGUUAAAGAUACGAUUCGAUGGGUGGCCAGAAAAUCAUGCUUACUGGGUCGACGAUGAUUCUCCGGACAUACAUCCUAUGGGGUGGUGUUUGAAAACGGGUCAUCCUCUGGAGCCACCAUUAACUCCGGACAACCUGAACGACAGGCCAGAGUGUGGCACAUACGGCUGUCGUGGGAUAGGCCACGUAAAAGGACCUAAAUACGCAACGCACAAUUCUGCGUCCGGUUGUCCCUACUCGCCUCAGAAUCUUCACAAGGUGAGGCAACUGUCUGACAGACUGAACCUGAAACACGAGACUUGCGAUUUCGAGGACGAUGUGCUGGACAAACCGAAAACAGAAAAGACUGAUAAAAUUAAGAUGGAAAAGUCUGAGAAGCCCGAGAAAUUGUUGUUCGCGGAUGAACGGUUACUGAAGACUGAGAAAGAUAUUAAGCAAGAGGACGGCGAACUGUCUGAUAAGAAUGACAAGUCUGAAAAUUCGGAGAAGUCGAGCAAGUCGAAGCAUCAUCAUAGCGACGGACAAACCGACGAUGACGAGCUGUUGAGAAAGCGAAAGAAAAGACGACAGAUUUCCGAGGAGCCUUUGUAUUCUUUAUCAAAUUACGGCGACUCGUCGCUAACGACUGCACCCUACGCUGCAAAUAUGCCUGAUAAACAGUUGCGAAUGGAGCUGUAUCAGUCUGUGUACAAUCCCGGUUACAAUCCGUUACCGGACGCACCACACAUAUGGGCGAAGCAUAGUAACGCUUUGAAUCGAGUGGUAGCGAGGCAGAAUACGAAUCCUCGUCGAUGGUCGAACGAGGAGGUGAUUAAAUUCAUCCAGAGUAUGCCCAAUUGCAAAGAAAUUGGGAACAUUUUUAGGAAACAUAACAUAGACGGCGAGGCGUUUCUAAUGCUAACCCAAGAGGAUUUGGUAUCUCUGCUCGGACUGCGACUCGGCCCAGCGAUUAAAUUGUACAAUAGCAUAGUUCUUCUACGACGAAGGGCAUCGUGAAUCAUGUGCGAUGAACGCACAUACAAUUGGAUCUUGAAAAGUGCAAACUGGCAGCUAUCGUGACGAUAUUGUCAACUGUAAUUGUUUUAGAAGUUCAUGAAAUUUCCAACUGUAGAAACGUAUUUUCUACUGCGAUUGGAAAACGUUUAUUUCAAUGGUGGGAAACGCAAAAAAAUUUUUUAUUAUCCUGAUCAUGCGUGCGAGCAAAUUUAUUGACGGAUGAUGACAGGGGAGAUAUGAUAGCGUUCGAAAAACUUGAUAUCGAGUUUUGAGAUAUAAUCAUAGCUGGAAUGUACGUGCAUCAUAAGUACUUACGAUUGUCCUUUCUAAUUUCUUUUCCUAAACAGUCAAGUGCAUUCAAUCAUGUACAAAUGUAAAUACUAAUGAUCUUAAUAAUUAAAUAUUGUAAUACAAAAACA